GAUUCCUGCAUUAUCGUUAACGUCGAAAUAAUGGCAACAUGCAUGUUAAAUAUUACAAAAUCUUUACAAAAACUCACCUUAAAUUCCGCAUUCAAACUAAAACCGACUUUUUUAAAUGAAGUUAAUCCAAGUAGAAUACCUACAAAUGAAAUUUUAUUCGGAACCCCCAUUAGGGGCACCAACUUUUUUAACAAACUACCCGCCGAAGCUUUAUGGAAAGGCGUAACUUCAGUAAGUAAUGCGGGAAAGAAACGAGGUCGUGGUAAAACGGUUUCAAAGAAAAACAUGAAGAAUUUAAAUAAAGGUCAAAUUAUUGGUGUUGGAAAAGCUAACAUUAUAUGGCCCGGAUUGUCAGCACCUAUUAUAAGAGGUAAAGAAUUAGUACAACAACAACAAUUACCAGAAGAUCCUGAUCGUGAGAAGAAAUUGAUUGCGUUGCGUGAUAAUAUGGGAUCGUUAAAGUUACCCAAGUUAAGUCCGAUUGAAAGAGGUUGGGUUGGAAAUAAGAUGGGUGGUAGAAGUCUUGGACCUCCCGAUCCAAUUGGAGAUGAUAAAUUUGAUGGAUUUGAUACUAGAGUUCUUGAAUUCAAGACUGUAUUUAAUAUGACUGGAAAUUUAGGAAGAAAACGAAGAUUGUCGGUAUUUGCUGUUACAGGAAAUGGCAAUGGUUUAGCUGGAUUUGCUACAGGAAAAGGUGUCGAGCCCAGAACUGCUUUUCGAAAAGCUAAAAAUAGAUCAGGACAAAAAUUAAUGAAUAUCAAAGUAUUUGAGAACAGAACAGUUUAUCACGAUUUCUAUUGUCAAUUUGGAAAAACAAAAGUUUUUGUUUCUCAACGUCCGGAAGGGCACGGGGUGAUAGCUCAAAGAGCAAUAAAAACAAUAUGCCAAGUGGUUGGUAUAAAAGAUCUACACGCAAGAGUUGAGGGUUCUCAUAAUGUACAGCAUAUAGUCAAAGCAUUUUUCUUAGGAUUGUUACAACAAAAAGAACACACAGAGUUAGCAGAAGAAAAACAACUACAUUUAGUUGAAUUUUCCAAAGAAAGAAGUAAUUUUCCUAAAGUUUUAGCCUCACCAACUAAAGCAAGAACUUCACAGGAAGUUAAAGGAGAUGAAGUUAUGGAUUUUUCAAUGUACUGUUUGGGUAAUAGGGUGAUUUUGAAAAAGAAAAAGUUCCCACCCUUUUAUGUUAAUUUUCCAUCUUAUAAAACGUAUCAGAAGAAACAAGAAAAAUUGAGGGGACAGGAUAGAGUUCGUUUAAACAUGUUAGCUGAAUAUGGUGAAAUUAGAAGUUUCCUAAGUGAAAAAUAUCCAGAGUGUAGAUCAUGGAAGCAACCUCCUAAAGAGAAGUCAGAAGAAAGUGAGAAUUAAAACGAUAUAAAAAUGUAUAAAAUAAAUAAAACAAUGUUUUGAAAAUGAAAA